AUGGCUUCCUCUUUACUUUCCGCCCUCACCUCUCUCAACUCCAUCAGCAACUUCAAUAGCACACUCGUUCUUCGCGCCGUGCAACCCAUCAUGCACACCUUUACCCCUCUCCUGCUGGCUGGCAGUCUUGCCCUCCAAUCUAUUCAUGCUUUUCCAAAUCCCAGCCGGGUUGAGGAACGGGAUGGCGAAAUAUUGAAACGUUCGGUGGACUCUUUCAUCGCCACUGAAAGUCCAAUUGCCAUGAGAAAUCUUUUGUGUAAUAUUGGAUCAAGCGGAUCUUGUGCUGCAGGAGCAUCUUCCGGCAUUGUAAUUGCUUCACCUGACAAAGUAAACCCAGACUAUUUUUACACUUGGACUCGAGACUCUGCAUUGGUCUUCAAGAACCUUGUGGAUACAUUCAUCAGCAGCACUUAUUCUCCAUCACUUCAACAACAGAUUGAAGACUACAUCAGUGCCCAAGCAGGUCUUCAGACCGUAUCAAACCCUUCCGGUGGUUUCUCAUCUGGCGGCCUGGGCGAGCCCAAGUUCAAUGUCGAUAAAACGGCUUUCACAGGAGCUUGGGGUCGUCCUCAAAGAGAUGGACCAGCCUUACGUGCUACUGCUAUGAUUGCUUAUUCAAAAUGGUUGAUCGCCAACGGCUAUACCUCUACCGUGCAAACCAUCGUUUGGCCUAUUAUCAGAAAUGAUCUCUCAUACGUUACUCAAUACUGGAACCAAACUGGUUUUGAUCUUUGGGAAGAAGUUCAAGGAUCAAGUUUCUUCACUAUCGCCGCUCAACAUCGUGCACUUGUUGAAGGUAGCGCAUUAGCCUCCCAAAUCGGUCAAAGCUGUACCUAUUGUGAUUCUCAAGCCCCACAAGUUCUUUGCUUCCUCCAAAGCUUCUGGAGUUCAUCUUCUGGAUACAUCAUUUCCAACAUCAAUGAAAACAACGGACGAUCAGGAAAAGAUGCAAACAGUAUCUUGAGUACUAUCCAGACCUUUGACCCUACUGCUUCAUGUGAUUCUUCCACAUUCCAACCAUGCUCAGACCGUGCUUUGGCAAACCACAAAGUUGUCACCGAUUCUUUCAGAUCAAUUUAUUCCAUCAACUCUGGAAUUGCCGAGGGUGUUGCAGUUUCUGUUGGACGUUAUCCAGAAGAUUCGUACCAAGGUGGUAACCCUUGGUACCUCAAUACUCUCGCCGCUGCUGAACAACUUUACGAUGCUUUAUACACCUGGAAUAAGCAAGGUUCCAUCACAGUGACCAGCACCUCCCUCGCAUUUUUCAGAGACUUCAGCUCUUCUGUCACUGCCGGAACAUACUCUUCUUCAACAUCAACCUACACUACUCUAUACAACGCUAUCAAAACAUACGCCGACGGCUACAUGAACAUCGUUGCAACCUAUGCCCAAGCCAACGGUUCUCUCUCAGAGCAAUUCAACCGAGCCGGAGGAGCCCCACUCUCAGCCUACGACCUCACCUGGUCCUACGCCGCCUUCCUCACCGCCGCCGCUCGUCGCGCAGGCGUCGUCCCAUACUCAUGGGGUGAGCCAUCCGCCAACAGCGUCCCCGGAAGCUGCUACGCAACAUCCGCAUACGGCACCUACUCCACUGCAACCGCCACCUCGUUCCCCGCAUCCCAAACCCCUAAUGGAAGCGGAAGCGUCCCGGCUCCCAGCACCACAGCCACCACGACCAAAACCGGCUCCUCAACCACAACCACCGCAUCCUCCUGCCCCAUCGCCACCUCCGUCGCCGUAACCUUCAACGAACUCAAAACUACAGUUUACGGCCAAACCAUCAAAAUCGCUGGUUCAAUUUCUCAAUUAGGUUCCUGGGCUCCCGCUUCCGCUGUCGCUUUGAGCGCUAGCAAAUAUACCUCCAGUAACCCCUUGUGGAGCGUCACUAUCAACUUACCCGCCGGAACAGCCAUCCAGUAUAAAUUUAUCAAUGUGGCGAGCGAUGGAACGGUUACUUGGGAGGCGGAUCCAAAUAGAAGUUAUACCGUUCCAGUUAGUUGUGCAACCAGCGCAACGGUUAGUGGAAGUUGGCAGUCGUAG